CUGAGGACCUCCCAUACUUGGAACAUCAUCUGUGUACUCACAUAUUGUUGGCAGGUGUCCUGCAGUCCUAAUCAAGGGUGUGUGAUUGAUUACCUGUUUGAUGUCAGCAGAUGUGAAUGAGCAUCAAUUUUAUUCAGUCCUGUGCAAUUCUGAUGGUUUCGGUGAAUGUGCAGGAUAACUGCGCCACAGAUUCCCCGCGCUGCAGCCUGUUACGGGGAGAGCAAUCUAGCAGUCACUGCGAAACUAAUGAGCUAUAUUGUUGCACCCAAUUUCAUCGGUCUGCCUGCAAUUACAGUCCCGGUUGGGCAUGAUAGAGACGGACUACCAAUUGGAAUCCAAAUCAUCGGCCGCCCGUGGGCAGAAGCAACCCUGCUCCAAGUAGCGGCAGCUCUCGAGGGCUUGUGCGCUCCUCAGAACAAGGGCCCUAAUGUGUUUUACGAUAUGCUUGGCCAGUGAGGAAGGAAAGGUGGUUGUGUUCUCUCAUCUGGGUUCAGGAAACAGCAUGAGACAUGAUGGCAAGAGGAUGUGGGGAACAGGAAUUCAUAAUUGGUGCUGAACGGGGGACGGCAGGGGAGGGCGGAAGAGAGGGUUGAGGCAAGGGUGUGGGAGGGCGUUUCUCUUUUCCUUCUCGUUUAUUAGAAAGAGCUGCCAAAAUGUCAGACCAAGCUGGUGCAGGUAGUCUGACUGCUUUACCCAUAGAUAAGUAAUAAGAUAGUGGCAUCUGGAUGAAGGGGAGAUGUCAUGAGAUGCAAUGGCAAGAGGAUUGUCGGGGACAGGGGUAGGGGCUGUGGAGGGGGGUCGGGGGGGGGGGNGGGGGGGGGGGGGGGGGGGGGGUGUCAGGGUGGAGAGAAGGCAGGCAGGAGGACAUGGGUAGGGGGUGAGGAGAGGGUGUGUGCGAGGGUACGCUCAGAUGGAAGGAGAUAAUCGAGCGGCCAUUGGACGAAGUUCCACCACACUUUGGAAAACCGUCUUCUACAACUCUUUGUUGGAAAGUUGACAGCCUUGAUCGAAUGCUUGUCCAGUCAAUGAUUGUGACGAGAGUCCUGAAGGCCUGCACCGUGGUCUGCCGGUGCAGCUCCCCACCAAUAGAUCGGAGCCAUCAACACCUCCGUGAGAUCUCGCCUUGGGGGGUGAAAUCCCGCUUUUGGGGGAGAGAUGCUGCUUUUGGGGGUUGCUCGUAUCAUUUCUGUAGCAGGCUUCACCAGAGUGAUGUGUCUUACACCACCAGUACUUCUGAAAGUCGUGGCGCUCUGGGCCAAAUGGGCACGGUCCAAAUUCAUUCAAGAACUGGCAUUUAGUUAAAAUUGGCAUUUUUACUAG